GGCCGUGGCGCAAUUAUCUCAGCGUGAUCGUUCCUAUAAGACAAAGAUUGACUUAGAUGAUUCAUUUGGCAUCGCUCAUACCAGCUGGUGGUCGCUGCAUUGUUGUAUGGGUACAAAAAUUUAAAAAAAAAAUGACUUAAAGUGCAGCUGGUUGAAGCAGCCCAAGUCAGUGCCACUGAGAGAGACUAACAGCCUGGUACAGUUUAUAUCCGGAUGCCAAACCAAGGUAUAGCUAUGCACUGGAUUUUAGCCCCAAAGCCAAACCAGCCAUCUCUGGAUGUACCAAUAAUUCCAGAAGUCUUGCCAAGUUCUGAGUACCUAUCGUUUUUGAGGAAGAAGACAGCUUUGCUGCGGCAACGACAUUUAGGAAUAACUUUUCGCACUCUUUCAUCUGAACUUUUUUAUGUUUUCUCUACCUUUAACUGUGUGUGUUUUGCCUUUCAAAGCUAUUCCUGUUGUUUUGCAAGGAUAUCAGAAUCUUUAAAGAAGACGUUGUUGUCCACUUAUAAGCUUGAUACAGUGGCUAGCAUUCAGUGGGGUGUUACUCAUGAAAAAAGUGCCUUACAGCAGUAUGAGAUGUGUGGGGGUAAAGUGGAACAGACAGGUUUGUGGAUGCACGAGUGUGGGGUUUUGGCAGCAUCCCCAGAUGGCUUAGUGAUACAACCCCCUUCAGCUGGUGUCCGAGUGUAUGGUCCAGACAGUUGUCCACCAGAGAUCAUAGAAGUAAAACGUCCAUUCUCAAUCAGACAUUCCAACAUCCGGGAGCGAAUAGCAGGGAUGAAAGACCCUUUUCUAGGUAAAUGUGGAAUUGUCAUUGACUUUUACAAUUAUAAGUGGCAACAUGUAUUGUAAAGUGGGUUAUUAUUUCAAUUUGGUUCAGGUUAUCAGCUAAAUCCUAACUAGGGACACGUCUCUUUGGAAUGAGCUUUUUGUACACCAUUUUAAAAUUGAUUUUAAUGUAAAAUAAAUACCAACAUAAGUGCUUUCAGAGUAAAUGGGAAUACUGUUUUUAUCGAAUGUACUUUACUUCAGAAGUAAAACUCAA